CAGAGGGAGAGGAGGCAGGAGCCUAUUUUGCCUCCCAGGCAAUAUUUCUGGAGCCAAUCGGAAUGCGCACCCACCCUGCCCUGCUCCCUAAUUAAAGGCUUUAAGCAGGCGGCCGGGGCUGGAGGUUUGGGCACAGUCUCUCGGUUGCUCUUUGCAAGAGCUGGUGUGGAGGAGCCGGCUCUGGGGGCACCUCCAGGGCCUUGACGCCUCGGUAGGCAGAGCCGUCGGGUUGGGGGGGGGGUCCCCAAGCCGAGGCGGGCAGCUUCCCCCCGCUCCCCAGCGCCAGCGAUGAGCGGCUCCUUCGACAAGAAGCUCUCCAGCAUCCUGACCGACCUCUCGGGCUCGCUGAGCUGCCAUGCAGCUUCCAAGGACUCUCCCACCCUACCGGAGUCCUCUGUCACCGACCUGGGCUACUACACCGGACAGCAUGACUACUACUCGGGCCAGUCCUACAGCCAGCCCGUCAGCCACUACCCCUACCACCAGUUCAACCUCAACGGCAUCGGCACCCCCGGCACCUACUCGCCCAAAUCCGACUACUCCUACAGCCCUUCCUACCGCCAGUACAGCCACUUCAGGGAUCAGCAGCUCCCAGCCCAAGAAGCAGUGUCGGUGAAGGAGGAGCCGGAGCCGGAGGUGCGGAUGGUCAACGGGAAGCCCAAGAAGAUCCGCAAGCCCCGCACCAUCUACUCCAGCUACCAGCUGGCAGCCCUGCAGCGCCGCUUCCAGAAAGCCCAGUACCUGGCACUGCCCGAACGGGCUGAACUGGCUGCCCAGUUGGGGCUCACCCAGACCCAGGUGAAGAUCUGGUUCCAGAACCGUCGCUCCAAGUUCAAGAAGCUCUACAAGAACGGCGAGGUGCCCCUGGAGCACAGCCCCAACAACAGCGACUCCAUGGCCUGCAACUCUCCCCCUUCCCCCGCCGUCUGGGACAGUAACUCGCACGGCAGCGCGCCGGGCAGGACCCCGCUCCCGCAGCCGCUUCCCUACAGCUCUUCCCCGGGAUUUUUGGAGGAGCACAACCCCUGGUAUCACCCCCAGACCCUCAGCGGACCCCAUGGACCCCACCAACCGCCUCCGGCCGCCACAAUGCAUCACACCUCCCCGGGGCCUCCUCCCAACACCGGCUCCGUCUAUUAACAACCGAAGGGAACUGAGAGACUCCGGCAGAAUUCCUUUGUC